CUUUUAUAAAUAAUUAAAAAAAAAAACUUUGACUUUAAAAUAAUAUGAUGAGAUAAGAUAAAGUUCUCUAUAAAAAAAUUUAUUCCCUCUUUAAAAAACAGAGUAUUCAACAAUCCUCGCAUAAAUCGUGUUGUUUCUACUGCUAUGGCCUUCAAAUUUCUCGGUUUAUAUAAUUUCUCUCUCCUAAUUUUCUCCGCCGCCGUCGCCACCGCUUACUCCGCCGUCUCUUUCCGUCGCCCUCUUCACUACUUUAUCGGUGUUUGAAACAAUCGGAAGUAUGGGGGAUGUAAUUGAUUUAACUGGUGAUGGUGGUGUUCUGAAGACUUUUGUAAGGCGGCCUAAGGAUAAUGCUGUUGGUCCAACAGAUGAACUUCCUCUUGUGGAUGUUCAUUAUGAAGGCAUUCUGGCUGAAACAGAUGAAGUCUUUGAUAGUACACAUGAAGACAAUACAAUCUUCUCAUUUGAGAUAGGACAGGGCACAGUGAUCAAAGCAUGGGAUAUUGCAGUCAAAACUAUGAAGGUUGGUGAAAUAGCUAAGAUUACUUGCAAGCCCGAGUAUGCAUAUGGAAGUGCAGGUUCACCUCCAGACAUUCCUCCAGGUGCAACCUUAAUAUUUGAGGUGGAGUUGGUAGCCUGCCGACCACGCAAGGGUAUGAGUGUUGGUGGUGCUGCAGAUGAGAGGGCUAGGCUUGAGGAGUUGAAAAAGCAGAGAGAGAUGGCAGCUGCAAUGAAAGAAGAAGAGAAGAAGAAGCGAGAGGAAGCUAAAGCAGCAGCUGCUGCUCGUAUCCAAGCCAAGAUGGAGGCAAAGAAAGGCCAGGGGAAGGGAAAGGGCAAAGGAAAAUAGGCACUCUGAUGAAGUUCUAUUUGCCUAAUGAAGUUCCUAGCAGAGGCGCAGAGCAAUGCGAAAUUAAUGCUUUAAUAGGUAAAUUAGUUUAAUCUAUUAGUAAUUGUCAAAAUAUAGUGUAGCCCAUUUCCAAAUAUUCCAAUUAAUAGAUUGAUUUUUCCCAGUUUGAAAUUACUAUUUCAUAAUUUGUCUGAGAACUGUUUAAGAAAGAAAAUGACACCAAGCCUACUCUUCUUCUACAA